ACCUCCCCACACAACAGGACGCCACUGUCAAGACACACAACAGAAACAACCCCCCCCCCCGCCCGCGCGUGCAGCCCGCCCAGUUUGCAGAAGCAGGUGGCUGAUGGAGGAGACAGAAAGCCCUAUGAAUCGACUCCAGUCUUGAGUGCCCCACCGGCACCGGCUUCUGAACCAUGAGCUCCAAGGCCAAGAAGCGAGUGGUGCUUCCCACACGCCCUGAGCCCCCCAACAUGGAGCAGAUUCUCGAGGACGUCCAGCGCGCCCAGCCCAACGACCCCGUCUUCGUCCUCCUGGCGGAACCCAGUGAAGACUUGCCCACUCCGGUCAAAAACGAAGACCCGGAAGCCAAGCGCGAGCGUCUCUACCGGCUGACCCAGUCCUACGUGGAGAUGAACCACCGCCUGCAGAAGGCCUGCAGCCUGCUCAAGGAGAAGUGUGAGGAGCUGAAGCUGGCCGGCGCCAGCCUGGAGCAGGGCAUCCUGGAGAUGAAGCAAAGGGCCUUGUGAGAGCUGCCGGACUCGGAGGGGGCCGGGCCGGGGCAGGGCCCCCGCAGGCCUUGCUGGCGGGCCGAGGACUCGCGGCCGCCCUACGACCCCAGCAUGCGCCAGCUACACAUCUUCCCCGCCAACAUUCCGUGUCUCCGGCUCUGUGGAAGCGUGCCCAAACUCCAGCCCCUGCUGCUACCGGCCUCGCCAUGGCCGAGACCUCCUUGCCGCGCUCGCCUCGACGUGCCCGACUGGGGGGCCAGGCCGCCCCGUCCUUCUGACCCCGUCGGACUUGCCUCCACUUCUGGGAGGGUCCUCCUGCUCCUUCGCUGCACAGACCGAAGCCCCCCGGCCUCCCCUGUACAGGAUCCAUCCCCAUGGGCUGUCAUUCCAGAGCUCUGCUCUCCGGCCAGGCUGGGACGAGUGGCCCUUGAGGGUGUGGGGCCCUCUCCCUCGCCAUGACCGCUCGGCUCUUCCGUUACGACUUCUCCCUCUGGUACUGCCUGGACGACGACCCCUUGGCCAGCGCCAUCGGCGAGACCCUGGCGCAGCAGGGCUUCCGGGGCUACCUGGAGCACCAGGACCAGGGGGCGGGGAGAUCUGCCCUGGCCUCGGCCGCGGAGAUCAUCCAGAGCAGCCGGGUGGCCAUUGUCCUGCUGACGGUCCGCUCGGUGGCCAACCCCUGGUGCCAGCGGAUGGCGGAGUGGAACCUCCUCCACAUGGUCGAGAACGAGGGCGUGAAAGUCAUUCCGGUCUCCGUGGAUCUCUCCCCGGAGAAGCUGCCCUUGCCCUUGCGGCACCUGCACGGACUCCAGUACGGAGACCGCUUCUUCCAGCAGAAGCUGCUGAAGAGUUUGCAGCCCAGCCGGCGGCCGGCCAGGGCCCCACGUCCCUCCUCCAGCAUGGCCAGCGCUAGCAGCAGAGUUGGCUUCUCAUGAACUCGGGUGGGGGGCGGGGGCGGGGGGGGUUCCAUUUCUCACCAUUGCGAGGAGUGUCUCGGAUCCAUUCGGUGUUUUGAUGUAGGCCCCAUUGUGACGUUGGCCGGUCAGUCUAAACAUAGAUUUGUCCUUCGAGCUGAUCGUGAGAAAGUCUUUGAAACCAAAAUACACCCCAGUUGUCAGUGUUUGGGGGAGAGAGGAGGGGGAGGGGUUGACAUUCAUUAGUGUCCAGUAGUUGGAAGUUUAGAGAGAGAUUGGGGGGGUGGGGUGGGGGUGGGGAAAUAAAAUAAAAUAAAUAGACCGGUCCCAAGGCUGCUGAUCUGCCAAUAUAAUUUAAGGAGCUGUUAUUAAAAGGCGCGUUUCGGACAAUUCCA